AUGUACGCUGAAAACCGAGAAUCAAAAGAGUCAGAGAAUGAUGAAAGAGAAUCCAUAGCACACAGGGAUUCACCAAUACCUACAAGGUCAUCACUUGUGCAAAAUCCAGUAGAUUAUCUGGAAUAUCUUGCAGCGCAAGAAGAAUACGCACCGCCACAAGUUUCAGAACAUGAUCUUGGACUUUCACCAUUUAGCCAGCAUCCGACAUACCUGUCAAAUCUGGGGAUGACAGAACAAUAUAUAACACAAUCAUAUAUACCGCAAGAUAUAGAAACAUCAUUACCUUUAUCUCCUUUAGAUGAGGUUCAGAACAAAAUGGUUGAUUUACAAACAGUUCCUUCACAUCAAAUAACAAUAUAUACUCACAACCCACAAUUUCAAAAUGCUACUAUUGAAAUGACUGAAGUCGCGACACAUUCAUUAUCACAAGAAAG